AUGAAAUUCACAACUCUCCUCUCUGCUAUCUUGGUCUUUGCAAUCUCUGCUGCAAAUGCGGAUAGGGAACAAGCCCAACUCCAAUUCUUGCAAGCUCCCCACGCUUUCCCGCCAAUGUAUAAGAUUCGCAUCGACUUGCCUUCGAGUGGCAAGAGCUUCGAGAUUAUCUUGUACAGCUAUGAACCAACCCAGUUUGCUCGUUAUGCCAAGAAAUCAAUCGGUGAGGUUUACUACGACAACCCUCCACAUCAUUUCUUUAAUGCGAUUAUCAACGACGAUUAUAACGAGGACGGUGACAAGAUUUUCAGAAUGGACCUCACCGGAUCGGAAGGAGAAUUCCACUUUCACUAUGAAGGAACGAGUGUAACCGAUGGACCGGUCGAAAAUCUGCAAGGUGAAGGACAUAUCAGUAGCGACGACGAUGAUGACUUUGGUUACAGCCGCUCUCGGUUCUAUCGUUACCAAGACAGAUACUCUUGCAAUCACUAA